AAUGACGUCACUUCCCAGUUAAACGUGGCUGCCUUGCGAGUGAACGAAGGAGUGGCUUUGCGAUCUGUCAAAUUAAGUGAUUUCUUUGUGAAAAUUAAUGACUCGUCGUAUUAAUUAAAUUGUUGCCGUGUGCUUGUUAUUGAUAACUUAUCGUGCAGUAGUUCUGUAAGACACGAAAAAUGUCGUCUUCGGGUGAUUUUGGAAACCCGUUGCGUAAAUUCAAGCUUGUCUUUCUCGGUGAACAGAGCGUUGGAAAAACGUCUCUUAUCACACGGUUUAUGUAUGACAGCUUUGACAACACUUAUCAGGCUACAAUAGGUAUAGAUUUUUUAAGCAAAACUAUGUAUCUGGAGGAUAGAACUGUAAGAUUACAGCUGUGGGACACUGCUGGCCAAGAACGGUUUAGAUCUUUGAUACCUAGUUAUAUCAGAGAUUCCACAGUAGCAGUUGUUGUAUAUGAUAUUACUAAUCCAAAUUCAUUUCAUCAAACAUCAAAAUGGAUUGAUGAUGUACGGACUGAAAGAGGAAGUGAUGUAAUUAUUAUGUUAGUCGGUAAUAAGACAGAUUUGAGUGAUAAAAGACAAGUAUCUAUGGAAGAAGGAGAACGAAAAGCUAAAGAAUUAAAUGUAAUGUUUAUUGAAACUAGUGCUAAAGCUGGAUAUAAUGUGAAACAGCUGUUUAGAAGAGUAGCAGCAGCUUUACCAGGCAUGGAUUCCACUGAAAAUAAACCUCCUGAAGACAUGCAAGAAGUAGUUCUCAAGGAUACACCAAUUGAACUGAAAGCAUCGGAGAGCAGUUGUGCAUGUUAAACCACCGAUCAGCCUAACGGUAGAUAAGACACUGAUUUAAGUUAAAUUAUAAAUUAAACUCUCAAUGCUAGGACAGUGACGUACAGUCCGUGCCUUUUCCACAACUUACAAUGUGAGAAAGUAUCAGCACUGUAUUCGAAUAGCUAUAAUUUCCUUUUUGUUUAUGAGAAAUAAAUAUCACAUGGUAGUAUAAGCAGACUGCUUUUACACAAUAACGUGUUUAUAUGUAUUAGUACAUUACAGCAUCAACAUAAUAUGAAUUAUUUAUAAUCUUGCAAAUUGCAUCAAAGCUGCUUGCUUUUAAACGUGUCAAUGGCUAAUGGAUUAUCAUUCUAGAUAGUGCUAUGAUUUUCCUUCUUUUAUUAAUUGUAAAAUAAGACGUUCAUCAUUUACCGCGUGUACUUACUUCAAGUAAUGAAACUCUCUGUGUUUUGCAUUUUAAAAAAGAAAAAUAUACUUCGAUCGAGAUACUAGUCCUAUGCAUGAUCAGUGCUGCAAUUGCAUGAUAUGGUGCACUUAUAUAUAUUUAUAGUCAUGUAUAUAAGUUGCGACGAUAUAAACCGUCAGAUUACCAAGAUACGUGGAAUUACGUAUUGCGUAAAUGCAGUCAAAACAUCAGUCAACUAUAAUUCUUUAUUCAUUUGAACUGAUCGCAAUUACGAGCAAUAAGAAUUUUCUACGUCGAUUACAAUUGAAAUUUUAAUUGGUACGAAAUGUGCAGUAUCGAGCACAGAGCACUGUACAUGUGCGCGUGCUAAUUACAUAAAAAAGAACACAGAAUCGCAAUGCAAAAUAAGCAGCUAACGUUGUCCAAUUUACAAAAUUACUUUAAGAAUCUAUAUAUUGCUCACGGUAUCAAGGUUUUCCAGAAUUUGGAACGACCAUUGCAUAAAUUAACAUAUUGCAUUUCCUGUGGAAGUAUUAUUUAUACAUUUCGAAGUGAUUUCUUUAUUCGUAAAGAAAAACAAAAUCAUAUAGAUAGAGCAAGUAGAUCAGCAAAAGAAAAAAAAAAACGAUUAAAAAAUUUGAUCUGUAUAUAUUAACUUAAAAUUUUGGGAUAUGGAUAGACAGAAUGCUAUUAUACCUAAUAUUAUGACAUUUUUGUUAAUAAUUAUUGUAAUAUUUUAAUUUAUAUAAAAAAAUCUUGAAUAUCAUUUUAUAAUUUUUUUAUAUUGAUUUUUCGUGAAAAUCAUAAGUUCUUUUAGUUUCUUGGCAUUCGUCCUCGUUACACGUGUUUCCUGGUUUCAUGAAUAAUUUCAAGAUUUCAUUUCGUCCGUGUAAUAAUUUUUUAACUAAGAUUUAUACAUAUACAAUACUCUGUAUCAUAUUGUAUGAAUGUGACAGACAGCACUCGUUGUGUAAUUUUAAUUAAGGUGCUUCGUGGCUGUAAAAAUUUCACUUACAAUUAAACACGAGUGAACCGUCCGUCCCGUUUUUUGAACUGUUUAAAUUUUAUACGCAUUUUUAAUUACACAGCUAUUCUAGCUUCGAAAGAGUCGAGAAAGAAUAAAGAAAGAACAUGAAAAUCGUACUUAUUUUCUACUCAAAUCCUAAUGGGACUAAAUUUAUAAUUAAUUACACUUAAGAAGUAGUAUCGCGUAUAUCCCGAACCAUCAUUUAUAUAACGAUCUUCGAAUUAUGUGACAAUUUUAAAGGCCUAAUACAUUCUUCUUACUAUUACAUGCAUUGUAAUGUUAACGAAUUGUCCAUUGAUAUUACGGGUUCAAGUCUAAAAUCCAGCCAUAUUGUUCGAUGCAACGAAUGUUUGAACGAAGCCUGAUUAGUGAGAACUUUGUUGGAAGAUGUAACCGCUAUUUCAUACCGCGAAUCCUUCGUGUACGAUUAAAAAUGGUUACUGUGAUAACGCCUUAACACACGAAAGCAGCUGUCGAUUUGCAGAAUCAAUCACCGAUGCAGAACGGCUCCGAGUCGGAGGGAGAGAGCGGCUGUAUUUGCUAGGAAGGUGGUUUAUAAUCAGUGUGCAGCUAAAAUAAUGCUAAACUUCUUGAGACAUUCUCAGAUACGAACCAAAAAGAAAAGGAGGGAGAGAGAAAAAAAAAGAAAAAACAUAAAAGAAAUUCAUCACAAGUACUCUUAACGAGAUGCUGGCUUCUUCUGAUGUCUACAUCGUGGCCCAAAUAAGUUACGCGCAAGACGAAGGACACGAACACACACGUCUCAUCGACACCGUUUCUCACCGACUACUGUCCCUGGAAUCCCUUAAUCAUUGUUAUUAAAAGAUAAGGAACAGCUUCGUGCGUUUCAUAUAGUGCGUAUAGUUACGUUCUUAUAAUCUGCCAGAAACGCUCUUCGACGAGAGUUAGCGAUUUUUCCUCUCAUUAACUGUGCGAACCGGAAAUCGACACGCAUCGAUGUGAAAUUCAAUGUCACGAUGAUAGGGUGGCCUUUCUUUCAGCAAGACACCUUUGUACCGUGUUCUCAAGCGAUCGAAGCAAUAUGCAAAAGCUUUUCGACAUAUCACGAUCUCCGAAUUCCUCGAGCAUUCAUACAUUUUAAUAUCAUCCUAUCAUCGUUCGUUUGAUUCGGGAACAUUUACCAAGCGAAAAAUCUCUAUCCGACACGCACAAGACACCGAGAAAUGCUUUAGACGAGAUUCUUUAGGUACACACACGAGAAUCUAGGUAUAAACGUGAAACGACUGAAAGUAAAAACGUGUUUAGUAGACCACCGGUAGUCGAGGAAUGAAAACACGAUCGAACGACCUAUUUCUGAUCAGUUGCGAAUCAUGUAAUAUUGUAAUUCAUGUAGAACGUGUUUCGUUCGACGGAUGUAUGAUAUCGUAAUCGUAAUUAAACAACAUUUAUAGACGUUUUUCGAUAUCUCUCGAUUAAAAUUAAGCGACCGACUCGACAACGCGUAUGAAUCGAGAAAGAAGACGCGUGUUAGAAAGUAACGCGACUUACUUUCCAAAAGGAGACUGUGCUCGAUCGUUUAUUGUAUCGGAUUGAGUAAAUUUCUUAUGUGUAAAUCUAGCGAAUUUAAUUUUCUACGAGCUUGGCACACUUUCGUUCGCUGGCGUGCAUUUUUGUAAACGAUUAAUAGAAGAAAUAUGUUAGAAGUUGGACGCGUCUUCUUUCUACGAGAAUACCGAAACACCGAUUGAAAUUCGGAAUGCGGUAGCAGAAAAUGCGAGCGUAAUUAUAAAACUAUCGCUAGGUACAACGAGCGAACGCCUUUUUUAAAAACCCGACGAAUCGAGCGGGAUAGAGUUGUGAAAACGGGGGUGAGAAGGUUGAGUCGCGAUGUUUGAGAGUGCCACGAGAGAAGCGGGCCAAUUUUUGCACCUGCUAUGUUAGAACUUAGAAAAUGAAAAAUUCGUAGACGCGUGGGAAGGAGAGAGUAACGCGAGGACGAGAAAGCUUCGCUCGUCGACGUUGGCGAGCGCAAGUUUCUUCGGUGUCGUCGUUGUACAUUUGAUGUGAUAAGGCUUCUUUUUUCUCGAGAAAAACGGAAUAGAAGUUGAGUCGUGCGUUGUAACUCAUUAAUCCGCCGUGCUUAAUGCAAGCUCUACGUGCCCUAGCACCAUUUUCUCAACGUUCUACUGUCUCUCUAGCGCAACCCAUUCUGUAAAACGUGUCGUGAAGCGUUGAUUCGCACCAUAAUGUAUCGUGUGCAGCACCCGAGGACGCCGGAAGUUAAAUGAUACGAGUCUAGAGUAGAAUAGAGUACUAACAAUAAGUUAACUCGAAAGCUGAGAAGUCUAGAAUCCAGUUGACCCGUAUCAUAUGACGUCCAAAGUCCUCGCGUUUUGUUAACGAGUUUUAAACGUAUAUACGAAGCGUAUAUUUUUCUUUGAUUCGACUUCACGAGCGGAGAAGAUACUCGUUCGCGUACUGCUAUAAUAGUGACCUGCGAUCUUUCAUCAUAUUUCAAUAAUUGCAAAGCUCACGCCUAAACAAGAAUCACCUUUCAUCUUCCAAGAUGCGAGCAGUACCUUCUCCGUUCUAGCGAAGAUAGAAUAGAUAAAAAUACGCUGAUCUAGUGGAAACGAUCGACGCGUCGAUCGUUCGCUGAUCCACGGUUGCUUGCUUUCAGGGGCGCAAUGAGAUUGACGGUCUUUCGGUUUCAAGUUUCACCCUUUCGCCACGGUAGAGUGGGUAGAGGAGAUUUGGAUUAUAAUUGACACCUUAAUUUUCUGUUAACGAUAAUUAACUGAUCGAACAGAGAUCGCAGUGAUAAAGAAUUAGAGGAAUUUCAGAAAUCUGUGAACCAGAUAUUAUUUAGUUAUAUUUAUAGGAAGAUACUUAGCGGUGUUAAUAAUAAGUUAUGCUUAAAGAAAGAGCAAUAAAUUUCGUUUAGUCGAUUCGCGAGGAAAAAUGUUUCUUCGUGGCGAAAGGGUUAACGGAGAUUCGAUAGUCGUGUAGCGACCGAUGAUUUGUAGAAUUUCAAAGGAUUCUUGUGAAUGUAAUUUGCAAGGCAGCCGCGUUAAGUGGCUAAAUUUAUCGUAGCUGAUGUUUCUUAGUUAAAUAGAGGUAUUCGCUGUAUCGUCUUUUUGCAAUUCAAUUGUCAAACUUAACGUAGCAGUAGGGUGCGAUAUUUAUUGAUUGUAAACGUUAACCCUUCGACUCUUCGAAAUUCCACGAUUUUUAUCGUAUAUAACCACCCCGGUUUCAUAACUUAUUAAGUAGCUUUAAAAUACAUUGGGAAAGACAAGCUUUACAGUAUUCUCUUAUGUGUUCAUUUUCUCACUUUUUAUACAACGAUUAUUCGUAUCGUUUCUGUGGCGCGGUGUCUCGUUUAUCGUCUUUCGAUUGGACGAAGGAAUUCCCGGCUCGAAGGGUUAAGUACCAAGGCUUUAAGUUUCCGAUACAUUAUAAUAAAAUAGGAACUAAUGUACGCUUUUGUUUAACGUGAUCAAACGAGAUCUUGCAGAAAUAUAAUUGAAAAUGAAAA